UGCUUCUUUAAGUGACCUUUCCCUAGGUAACAACCAACUUAGUGGAAGAAUACCGGCUUCUCUUGGGAGUCUCUCUUUGUUGAGGGAGUUAAGGCUUUAUAACAACCAACUGAGCGGGACCAUUCCCCCUUCAUUUGCUCACCUUUCCUCACUCAUUGAAUUGUCUGCUUAUGGCAAUCGUUUCAAUGAAACCGUCUCUUCUUUGUCACUUCCACCUUCUUUACGUACUCUAUAUCUGUCAUUACACCAUUACCAGUCGAUUUCAGAAACUUUCUUUCACAACCUCACAAGAUUAAGUUAUUUGUAUUUAUCUGAUUGUGUCCUAAAUAUCAGCACAACUUGGAUUCCACCCUUUGAUUUAUCUUAUCUACAUUUAGUGUCAUGUAUGAUUGACGGUGAAUUUCCACCUUGGAUUUCAACACAAAUUUCACUUGAAUGGUUGGUUAUAACUAAUGCCAGUCUUGUGGGCGUAAUUCCCUCUUGGCUAUGGGAAACCAGUCCUCAGUUAAAUUAUCUAGAUCUUUCAGGAAAUAAAUUGAGUGGGUGCAUCCCAUCAAUGUGGCCUUCUUAUAUGAGUAUACUGCUGCUCAAUGACAAUUUGUUCAGUGGCAAUAUUCAUCCAAACCUGGGCAAGCUAUCUAAUCUCAACAUGUUAAAUCUUGCAAACAACAAGAUAACAGGAGUGAUCCCUGUCAGUUUGUCCAAUUGUUCUCAUCUCAAAAUGUUAAAUCUUGCAAACAACAAGAUAACAGGAGUGAUCCCUGUCAGCUUGUCCAAUAGCUCUUUCCUUAUUGUCCUGAAUUUGGGAAAUAAUAGUUUGGAGGGAAGCUUACCAUAUGAGUUUAGUAAGCUGAGUGAAUUAUAUUCAUUAGUUGUUCACAGUAAUAAUCUGAAUGGAUCAUUCCCUUCUUCAAUAGCAAAUUGUUCAAAACUACAGGUUCUUGAUAUUGGAAACAAUUUGUUUGAAGGCCAAAUACCAACAUUAAUUGGAAAUAUCUCAGAGCUAAAAGUAUUGAUAAUGAAGGAGAACAAAUUUACAGGCAGUAUUCCUUUAGAGAUAGGUCAAUUAAAGCACCUCCAGAUCUUGCUCCUUUCUUCCAAUCAUAUCUCAGGUUCAAUUCCGCACACAAUUGUAUUCUUGCAAGCAAUGGCAAAUGAAAGUCAAAAUGGUUUUGUAUUAUCCACUUAUAUUAAUGGGCCAGUAUAUCAAGAUGGAUUGGAUAUGAUUUUAAAAGGUACAGAGCAGCACUACCAAUAUAUUCUUUCCACACUCACAUCCAUAGAUCUCUCAAGCAAUGAAUUGGAGGGAAAAGUUCCUUCUAAUUUUGGGGAUUUGAAGGGGCUAAGGCUUCUAAACCUUUCAAUGAACAACUUGAAUGGGACCAUUCCAAAAAGUUUUGGAGAAAUGCAUCAAUUGGAUUCCUUAGACCUUUCAAGAAAUCAUUUUUCAGGACAAAUCCCUACAGAGCUUGAAUCUCUAAGCUUUUUGGGUUCACUGGAUCUAUCAAACAACCACCUUUCAGGAAGCAUACCACAAGGAAUACAUAUGAUUGACUUUGGAGAAUCCUCUUAUUCAGGGAAUCCUAAUUUAUGGGGGUGUCCCCUACCCAGAAAUUGUUCUUGGCCACAGUUUGUUCCUUCUCCUCCUCCAAUUUACAUUAAUAAAAUAAAGAAAAGCACUAAAUAUCCAUGGUAUGCGAUAUCAUUGGGAUUGUCCUUUGGAAUGGCUUUUGGGGGGAUAAUAUCAUUGAUCAUGAUAAAAAUCAGUUGGAGAAAUGAAUACUUUAACAAAGUUGAUGCAAUCCUAAAGUUCUUAUUUCCCUGGAUGAAGAAUUUGACAUUGUGAAGAUAUCUACAAGUCAUUGAAAGGAAUCUAUUUUUUCUUAUGAAGAUUUUUGGUGUUUCUAAAGACUAUAUUGCACAUGCUUUUGAGAAAGACAUACAUGCAAUUACAUCAUAUACUUCCAUGGAGGAUAGAUUUGAAAGUAUGAACAACAUACAGAUUGUGUGGAAACUUUUAUUUAAGAUAGUGAUAUAUGCAUGUUUUUCUUUUGUUUAAA